GCGUCGCGCUCGCCCCCACGACGCAGCGCCUGCGGUCGUCCACUAGCAAAGCGGCACCGACGUCAGCCAGCGGCUCCGGCCGCAACUCCGCCAGUGGCUCGGUGCUCUCCUCCGCGCUGCCAGUUGAGUCCUCCUCUGAGUUCUCCAUCGCCGCGGCGGUUGCGCACGCGGACGACCUCGAGGAUGAAUGGAAGCUUGACGGGGCGAGACAACAACAACAACAACAAACAUGGAAUGGGCAGGGGGAUAAGGAGGGAACGCGGGGCUGGGGAGCAGAGUGCUCUGCUUUUGCCUCUUUGCGGAGGAUCCUCUCGCUUUGCUUGCCUCUUCUUCCCGCACGAACUUGGCUCGCGACGUGGAUGGAGUCGCUGGCGAGAUGCGAGGGGACUACGCUUGGACGAAACGCGCAGGGGCAAACUCUUACGCCAACAUGCUUUUCCUUCUUCUCCGCCCCGCGCCGGGGGAUUGUAUUUGGCCCCUCUGUUUUGCUUUCCCGCCCGUGGUUUUUUGGGCUUCUGUUGCUCUGCCUUUCCAGCUCACUUUGUUGCUCCCCGUGGGAGCGCCUCCCGCUCUGCGCUCGAUGGACGCACCGGCAAGCGGCGGCUCCGCUCUGCCGGUCGCGGUGUUGCCAGCGGCGUUGGGCGCCACGGCCCGUCGCAACGGUGGCGGUGCCGCAACGCCCCUGGUGCGGGGGUGCCUGCGCCGCGCCCAGUGCGGGGGCUUUCUCGCCUGUGGCGAACUUCAAUCCGUACGGGCGUCGCGUGGUCGGGAAGAUUGAGCAGAGAUAUAAAAGGGCAUAA